AUGAAUAUAACAAUAUUAAUAAAUAUUCAAAAUGGACCAUCUGAAUGGUUUCGUAUAUUUCUUAUUAUACUUUUUAUAAUUAUUCUUAUGAUUGGUCUAAUUGGUAAUAGUCUUGUUUUAUUAUCAACUAUAACAAAUCAUAUAGAAAUUCGUUGUUCAUCAACAAAUCUUCUGCUUGUAAAUAUGUCAUGUGCAGAUUUAAUUAUAAUUAUUUUUAAUAUAUUUGAUAUCGUACAAUUUUCAUUUGAUCAUUUUUGGCCUACGGCUUGGUAUUUUGGUUUAUCAUUUUGUAAAAUAGUUCGUUUUGCACAAGUAUUUGGUUGUUAUGUUAGUGUACAAACAUUACUUAUUAUUAGUAUUGAAAGAUAUAUUUCAAUAAUUUAUCCAAUUACAAUAUCUCAAAUAAAUUAUCGUAAACGUCUUUGUUUAAUAUUUAUUUUAAUUUGGUCUCUUGGAUUUAUUAUGGCUUUACCAAAUCUUUAUUUACUUGAAUUACAUCCAUUUUAUAAUCGUCCACAAUAUUAUAUAUGUGGUUUAUCUGAUCAUUGGACUGAUUCACAUUUAAUUACAUUUUAUAAAUAUACAGAAUCGGUACUUUUCUUCUUUCUACCAGCUCUUAUACAAACUAUUCUUUAUUUAAUUAUUUGUCGUAAAAUUUUUUUGAUUGAUCGUACUAUACAAGCUCAUUGUCAUGUUCAAUCAGUACAACAAAUAAUGAUAAGUAAUUCUUUUCAUCGAUGUUCAGAUACAAAAUUAAGCUGUUCAUUACCAUUACCUUUAAUGAACAAUAAUAAUAAUAAAAAAAGUUUAUCACCAACAAUAUCACCAUGUCCUCAAGGUCAUAUAAUACAAUCACGAGCUAAUAAUGCGAAUAUAGCACGUAAAAAAGCUAUUAUUAUGUUAUUAAUUGUUGCUAUACUUUAUUUUAUUGCAUUUUCACCAAUACAAAUUAAUUUUAUUUAUACACAAAUAAAUCAUUCACAUCAUCUUUAUGAACAUCGUCUUUUUUUUAUUAUAACAAUUCUUUUAGCAUUAUCAUCAACAGCUUUUAAUCCAAUUUUAUUUUAUAUAUUUAGUAAAUAUUUUCGAUAUAAAUUUAAAAUUCUUUUACGUCAUAUAUGUCCAUUAUGUCGUUCAUCAAUAAAACAUCAAAAUAAUUUUCCAACGCAUCUCGAUGCUAUCAGCAGUCCCAUUCCACCAUACACCAAUUACACCUAUGCCACGGAACUACAACCUAAUCUUGCUGAUCUCUGGUGGUCGAUCGACGAUCUUCGAAAGGAGAUCAUUUUUGAAUUUCACAUCAAUACAACUGGUUGGAUUGCACUUGGUAUAAGUCCAGCUGGUGGUAUGGUUGGUGCUGAUAUCGGCUUGGGAUGGAUCGAUCAAUCGGGUCAACUGCAUUUUGAAGAUAGAUAUGCAUACGGCUUUUAUCAACCGAUGGUGGAUAAUACGACACAAGAUUGGUUUGGACUGCAAGGUCGCGAAGUGAACGGAUGGACAGCCAUUCAAUUCAAACGACUCUUAGAUACCUGUGAUGUUAUGGAUUAUCCAAUUAAAUCCGGAACUAACAUUGUGAUCUAUGCCUACAGUCUCGAAGAUCCUGUUAUAAUUGAUGGAAAAGCGACGAUAAAGUAUCAUGGCGAUCGUCGAUAUACUCGAGCGAUUCCAUUACAAUCAUAUGCAAAUCCACCAUCAGAGAGCAAAUUCACUGGCCUCGACUAUUUCGAUUUUCAAUUGCACAAUUAUUCAGUACCAUCGAACAAGACAACCUAUCACUGUACAGUCUACAAAGUGCCGGCUAAAUUUCCUAAACGAAGACAUGCCAUUGCUCAUAAAGCCAUCAUUGAUCCAGCCAAUAUCGAUAUUGUUCAUCAUAUGUUGAUGUAUGAAUGUGAUCCAUCAGCUGUCUUCGAUGAUGAGAAUUUGCCCUCUGGUAUAUGUGAUGACCUUGGCGAAGUUCUUAUGCCUUGCACAUCGAGAAUCGCCACCGGAUGGGCUGUUGGUGGAGAUUAUAUCAAUGAAUUUCCUGAAGUGGCUGGAUAUCCUGUUGGAGGUGAUUUUGAAAUUCAAUAUUAUGUAAUUCAAAUGCACUUUAACAACAUACAUCAAAUGUCAAAUCGCACGGAUAGUUCUGGUAUGCGAUUCUAUCUCGGCAAUGAACUUCGCCAGUAUGAUAUCGGUUAUAUGACAUUGGGUCAAAUUUCAGGCGCCACUGCUAUUGCCAUUCCACCAUAUGAUGAUCGUUUAGUCAUCGAUUCUUAUUGUCCUGCUCUGGCCAUGCAAAAUAUUCCACCGACGGGAAUUACUGUGGUUGCAGCAUUUCCACACACUCAUCUUCAAGGACGCAGUGUCUGGACAAAGAUCAUUCGAAAUAAGAAAGCAGUUCAAUAUCUGUUCAAUGGUGAUGCCUAUACUUUCAAUUAUCAAUUCCAAAAUCGUUUACCUCAACCUAUUACAUUGUAUCCGGGUGAUGAAUUAGCAACGCGAUGUAUUUACAGUACAACUAACAAGAGUGUCGUCACUUUGGGUGGAGAAGCAACGAGCGACGAAAUGUGUUUACACAUGUUUACUUACUAUCCACGUAUGAAUAAUUUGCACUUUUGUUGGAUGGCCAAUUCGAUGGAAGCAUGGGGACGAGUGACAAAUGAUUCAAUACCUUUGGAUUACAAUAGCAUUGUCAAAUGGUUAACAGAUCGUCAAUGGACAAGACAAUCCAUUGCUGAUUGGCAAACUUUCUACAAUUCGACUUCGAAACUUCUUAUUUAUGAUAAUGAUGGUAACAUAGACUUUGCUGAUCUUCCGAAACUACCAGACUAUGAAGAUUUCGAACCAUAUCAAUGCAAAAAGAACACCACUGAUGUUGAUACAGCUUUGAGACCGUCUAAACUUCGCUCACUGCUCAAAAGGAUGGAAAUAACUUCAUGAUUUAAAUAAAACAGGACUAGCUGUCAAACAUUGAAAAGUGUGCUGUAUGCAAAAUAAUUCUGUUUUCCUAUUCGUAUUUCUGUCUAACGCGCCGGAGAAAAGGCAGCACUCGAUCGGCAAUGAAAAACAUCGCAUUUGAGAUCGUAAAAUUACCCUCUGAUGAUCAUAGUGAAUCAUGAUGAUCUACCAAAUACACCCACGAGAAGAGUUUAUAUAGGCACUAAUGUCAUCUAGAGUAAAUCACCACUAUCCUAAAAGGUUCGCUAUGAUCUCACCAUUUCUAAAUUGUGAAGAUGACGGUGUGAACUUGCCCGUUAUUCCGUUUUACACUUCUUUAUAACCUUUCAUAGCACACCUCUAGACUAGAGUGUGGGUGUGGGUGUGAGUAUGAGUGGGUGUAUGGAUAUAGGUGAAGAUGUGACUAUGGCUGCUUGUCUUCCCUUUAUCCAUAUGCACACAUCCACACCCAAAUCACAAUUUACGUUCAUAUCUUCUUAGGAUUUUUUUAAUCUAGAGGUAUCCUGGUUAUAUAUCAAAUUUCAGCUCAAAAGUAGCUUACCACGUGAGGAUGUUCUCUUGUUUGAUAAAAUUGCAAAAAAAACAGACGUAACGGUGUUACGCAGUUAUUUUUCGACCAAGUUGAAGACACAUUAAGUGGUUAGAAAUAUUUAAUUUUUCGUUAAUAUUGAUCUUUGCUAUAUAUCUAAUCAUUCUAUGCAACACUCAAGCUUCUAUAUUCAUAUAUGUAUCUCAUUAACUGUACAACAAUGUAUAAGUUGUAUUCAGUGACGUAAAUGGAAAACAAAUAGGCUGUCUUGUAGAAAGUUAAAUUCUGCAUCGGAUGAUAUAUGUCAUUCAGCAUGUUAAAGAAUAAUUAGUUCAGAAAUUCAAAACAGAUUUUUUGAGAAAUAUAAAACCUAAUUUUCGACCCUGGAAUUCAGAUUUUGCAUUUUGAAACAAAUAUCAAGUUCGUGGUUACCGUUAAAGAUUGCUUCUAGUAAUGCAUCUACUUAGGGCAAUCCAAAAGUAGUCACAGUAAUACUUUUAUUUCUUAUAAAAAGUUUAAAGCGACUUUCUCUGUAUAUAGUCUGAUAAAGAAAAGAAUGCUCUAUUUUUCUAUGCUAUUUGAUCAUACUUUAACUAAUAUCAUAAUAAUAAGAUUUUGAUAAGAUAUAUUUUGUUUGCAUGUGGCAUAGUUACAUGAUCUGCUAUUGGGUAUUCUUUGAAUAACUUUUGAUAGAUACAUCAUCGAAAAGUGCGGUGUUCACCGCUCGAAUUGUGAUUCAAUUUUCUAACUGUUGCAAAAAUGUUUUUCUUACGAUAAAAGGAAAAAAGCGUAAAAGUGAGCGUUUUUCACAGACUUUACUAGAAAACUGUAUUAGAGACUCGACUACACUUCAUCUUAUGCAUCUCAAUCUUCCGCACUUUGUAGAUCUUCGAUUAGUGGUUUAAAUUUAUACUUGAUAACUAAAAAUUCACUAUAAACAACUCACUACACAGGUUUAUUCUUAAAAAGGUCGAUUGACACCCUUCAUCUACUCUCUCGAAUGGUGAAAACCACAGGGAUUUAUCUUGUUUUUAUCAAAAGUUAUUGGCAAAACACUCACUCGUGUGUUUUAAUAUGCGUAUCAUUAUAAUCAGCACAUAAGAUCACAACACAUCCAAUGAUAGUUUUCUUUGUUUUGGUGAUAUCGGAAGUCUAAUUUUUUCAGCUUCAGUUGAUGUCAUGUGUGCUCCACUAUUGAUUAUUUUUUUUCAACACUACAUUUUAAGUAUGCAAAGGAUCAAUAAUUCUGUCAAUCAAAUUUUAUGAAAAGGCGUUAUGGUCACAAAAUAAAGUUUUCCUUACUGAAAUAUUUCCCUUGGAAUCAUGAACAGAACACAUCUAAUGCUUAUAUAAGCUUCUAUGUAGUUGUUAACCGCUGUUAUUACCGAAUUAAAUGGCGUUUGACACCGACUUUUUUAUUAUUAUCAUUGGAUUCGUAAGAUUAUUCGAGAAUUCUGCUAAUUAAAUCUCGUUCAAAAAAAUCACCUGCAUUAGUUUACAUGGUUUACAAUACCGCCAUCUUUGUAAAAGAAGUUCAAUCGUGAAAAAAGGAUGCGAGACACAACUCUUUCAAGCAUAUGAAACCAUUUUUUAUUCGACAUCAUUUCUU